AAAAAAACACAAGACACCUGCCAGUCUAGAAAAGCAACCCAGGUGGUAACAACGGCUGCAUUCCCCAGAUCUGUAUAUUUGCUCUGGAAGGGUUCUAUUCUCUGACUAGGGACAAAAGGAAAGUUUGUUUGUUAUUGUUGACCAUUAUUGUGUGGAUUUGAAGGAGUGAUGUCAGACUUUCCAGAUAAUGUGGCCACUGAGACCAGCUCAACCCAGUCACAACAGGGAGGGUCCAGCUUUCAGCUUGCCAGUAUUUCCAUGGACCUGGGCUUGAUCAAGAGCAUUCCUGGAAUCCUGAUGUUGGCUGAGAUAGGUCUUGGCCUGCUGCAAUGGGCUCUAAUUGCCAGUGCCUCCUCCCUUAUUCCUGCCUAUGGCUGGGUGAUGUUUGUAGCCGUUACACUGUGGCUGCUCACCAUUAUCCUCUUCUUCAUGCUCUUCUUUGGCGCCUAUCACAAACUCAGCUCUGUGCCUUGGCCAAUGUUGGUUAUGGUGUAUAAUGCUAUGGCAACCGUUUUGUACCUCACAGCAUUUCUGGCCAAUGCUGCAUCAGUCGCUCCUUACAUUUCAACAUACUUCUACGGCCAUAUGGCAGCUGCUGCGUUUUUUGGCAUUGUGGUGACUUUGUUAUAUGGAGCCAGCACCUUCUUUUCCUAUUUGGCAUGGAAGGGGGAUGGAGGUAAUGCAGCCAGCCACUCUGGUCCUGCAUAGGACUACUCUACUAUCUGUCCUGAUAAACCCUCUCCAUACAGAGAGACUUGGACAGUGUGAACCGAACAGUGUGACAAGUAGAGGAGAUUCCAAACCUGUUCAUCAAAGGACGAGUGUUUUUAUAUACGGUAUACUUUUUAAAAAAGAAGCAGGACAUCAAUAGCCUUUUUUUAAUGUCAAAAUGGUGACUGGAGUGAAGACUGGAAGCAUUUUGCAGACCCUUUCAAAGUGUGUUGCUAUGGUAACCCUACCACUGCACAUCCAUCAGUACACUCACUCAUCAUGACUCACUCACAUACAUGCUCCCAUACAUAACCACUAUGAUCACAUACUGUAGGAAAGUGUAAUGAAUGAUACAUCUAUUUAUACUGUAAUAAAGGGGGUAGGUAGCCUAGCAGUUAAGUGUGUUGGGCCAGUAACCGAAAGGUCGCUGUUUCGAAUCCCUGAUCCAACUAGGUGAAAAAUCAGCUGACGUGGGGGUGGUGAUAUGCAAAAAACAAAUUUCUAAUUCACAUGUGUAUAAUACACAUUUGUGUAUGUGUGAAAUAGGACAAAUGUAAGCACCCACCUAAUUAUUAUAAUACUUGUAGAUACACAGGAAUCCCAAUGGGUUACACGGUCUGUGUGCAACACACGUUCAGAAACAUAUUUUUAUAUAUUAUUUUUUCACCAUUGUGAAGACCAAGAGAAUCAUGUGUACUGUUUAUCCAUAUCAGUACACCUUUUCAAAUAAAGUAGAUUGUGAUUUUACAAAAUUAUUUCAUGUCUUUAUUUGAAACACUUAUUUACAGGCAAUGGGACACAAGACUAUGUACAAACCAGUGAAACAAAUACAUUUAAUUAAAACACUUAAAAUAUUAUUCUCAGUAAAGACUGCUACAUACAGUGGGGAGAACAAGUAUUUGAUACACUGACAAUUUUGAAGGUUUUCCUACUUACAAAGCAUGUAGAGUUCUGUCAUUUU